GAAGUGAAGCGGAAGUUGUUUUCAGAGCUGAUGGCGCGAAUGACUGGAAUACAACAAACUUAUAUGUUUUUUGGUGAAUAAAAUACAGACGGAGCAGUUAAGGCAUUAGAAUUAGGUAAAUGUAAGAAAGUAUUUUUUAACCAUUCCUCAGUUUACGAUCAAUUGGAUCUCAUUCUGUCGCGAGUACUGAUUGUCAGUCAGCAUGUCAAAAGAAAACAAGGAUGCAUACAUUGUGAAAUUUGUUGAACAAAAUGGACAGAAGAGUGAUCUGGCUCUACAGGCCUAUAAGGCAAUCGUAGAACUGCAGUCAGAAAAAUAUGUGCAGACAUUGGAUGAGAAAACAACACUAGAGCUCGACCACAAUGACAAGUCCCUGUUUGUCUUUAGUGACUUCACCAGUAAUGCCUUUGAGCACUGCAGGAAGCUGGGAUGCAGGAUAGUGAGCCCGCUGGUAGUGUUGUUCUGUCUGCAGAAACAGAGAUGUGUGCCUAAAGCAGAACAGCCUGUCUAUAGCAUGGCCAUGGCUGAUGUCACCAUCUCCUGCACCAACCUCGACAAGGAGGCACGGAGUGAAGUGAUGGAUCUUGUUCAGCUGAUGGGUGGCCGGGUCUACCGUGAUCUUAACGUGUCUGUUACCCACCUAGUGGCGGGUGAGGUAGGGAGUAAGAAAUAUUUUGUAGCCGCAAGCCUUGGAAAACCCAUCCUACUGCCCAGCUGGGUGAAAGCAUGCUGGGAAAAAUCUCAAGAUAGUGUGUUCCAUCACUCUGAGCUGAAUAUAGAAGAUUAUCAGUGUCCGGUCCUGAAGGGCUGUACGGUGUGUGUGACGGGUCUCUCUACUGUCGAGCGUAAAGAAGUUCAGAGGUUGUGUGAACAGCACGGAGGCAGUUACACGGGGCAGCUCAAGAUGAACGAGUGCACUCACCUCAUUGUCAGCGAACCCACAGGUCAGAAGUAUGAAUUUGCCCGUAAGUGGAAUGUAUACUGCAUAUCCCUGCACUGGCUGUUUGACAGCAUAGAGAAAGGCUUCUGUCAGGAUGAGAGCAGAUAUACUGUGGAGCGCGGGGAUAAACCGGGCCGACCCAACACCUCCACACCUACAGGACCCACCAGGAACAAAGAGGAGGGUCCCUCACUUUUGGGACUGAGCCAUAUCUCCAAUAUCAGCAUGAAUGUCAAUGAAACGGCCCUCACUACGGUGGGAAUGAGCCACAUAGAGGCUCCCGAUCCAAUCGAUUCAUUCAACAUAACUGUCUGUCGAGUUGAUGACCUGUUGGAUGGCUGCAAGCUAUAUUUGUGUGGGCUGUCAGGAAAGAAACUGGAGAAAUUACGGCGGAUGGUGAACUCUGCCGGAGGCCUGCGCUUCAACCAGCCUAGCCAGGACCUCACACACAUAGUGAUGGGGGAACCAGAUCAGGGGGUCAAGGUCUUCUUAGAGAAAGCCACUCACAGGCCCCAUAUAGUCACGGUGCAGUGGCUGCUGGAGAGUUUUUCCCAUGGUACUUUGCUUCCAGAAGAUGCCUACUUUCAUCAGUCUUUCCUGCCGCCUGCCCCAGCGGCUGUUGAUAUGCCAUCCCCCCGCGGUUCUGCCUCACGCACCUCCAGACCCUCUGUAGCUCCUCCUCCUGCCCCCAGUCCGGCCCGACAGGCCCGAGCUGAGGAAGACUUACUCUCACAGUACUUGGAAAAUGACCAGACUGUGGUGGAUUUACCUCAGGCCACUUAUACCACCAGCAACAGGCAGAGCGUUCUGCUUCCAGAUCCUCCAGCUGCCGGACAGGACUCCACUAUGCGUGAAGCCUCAGAGGGCAGCCUCUUCAGAGGCAAACGGUUCCUCCUGAUUGGUUUUGGAGCUGAGACAGAAGCCCAGCUCUCAGAGCUCAUCAUGGAAAACUCUGGGAAGAUUUUGGUUGGCCGCUCCAGAGCAGUGGCGCACUAUGCCAUCGUGCCGCUGCUGGGCUGCGACGUGGAGGCCACGGUGGAUGAAGUCGAGACGGAUACCUGGCUGGCCAUGUGUGUAGAGCAGCAGAGUGUGUUGCCGCUAGCGUCUCACCCUCUGUUUACUCCGUUGACUAUAAGAGAGGGGUUCUCUCCUCUCAAAGACUGUGUGCUGUCUGUCAGUCAAUUCACUGGAGCAGAGAGAGAGUCUCUCAUUCAGCUAGCCAAACACUUGGGAGCCAGUGUUCAGGAUUAUUUUGUACGAACUGCUAACCAGAGGAAGGGAAUGCUGGCCAGCACUCAUUUGGUACUACAGACACCCGAGGGCACAAAGUAUCAGGCCGCCCAGAAAUGGAGUCUGCCUGCGGUUACGAUUCGCUGGGUUUUAGAGUCCGCAAGAACAGGAAAGCGUGCUGAUGAGGGACGAUACCUGGUUGACAUGCCACCUUCUCCUGAGAGAACAGAGGACAGUUUCGUUGGAGCAUCUCAAAGAGACCCAGCACUUCUGCGUGUCCAGCAGCGCUCCCCAGAGCUCCCUCUCCUGGGCCCACAGAGCAGCACAGCCAUCACCCCUCUAGACACGGCACAAUUUCAGAGCCGCGCCGUCCGGUCAGCAGUCAGAAAAAUGAAGCAGGGGGAAGAGCAGCAGGCAGAGGUGGCGACGCCAGGACAGGAGGACUCCAGAGGAGCAGGUCUUCAGAAAGACUCCUCACUCCAUUUAGACACUCCCUCACGAUUCCUUAGCAGAGACCGGCUCUUCGGACCUUCAUUUAACACGAAGGAUGUGUUUGAUCAUUUAAAGACUCCUGGUAAUAAACCUCAAGAUGGUCAGAAAGCAGAGACUCCUCUUUCUGAGGUCAUCGAAAGAAACCUGAAAGCUGCUGUUGCCAAUAGCAACCGCAGUCAUGUGACAAAUCUUGCAGCCAUGACUGCCAGUCCUCAAUUGGGAAUAGAGCCUAUGUGUGAGCUGGAGCAGAAGACUGUAGCUCCUCUCACUGGAGUGGUGGUGUGUGUGAGUAAGAAAAUAAGCAAGAAACAAGGUGAACUCAAUGCAGUGGCUGCUUCUCUGGGAGCAGACUUCAGGUGGUCAUGUGAUGACUCGGUCACUCAUUACAUCUACCAGGGUAAAGUGGCAGACAACACCAAAGAAUACAGAGCUGUUAAAGAGAGGGGAAUACACAUAGUGUCUCAACACUGGCUACAGGCUUGUGCAGAUGAGCAGAAGCAUGUGUCUGAGUCGCUUUACCCUUUCACCUUCAACCCUAAAAUGAGCCUAACCAUGAGUCAGAUGGCAGACUGCACCCAGAGGUCACCGCCUCCUUUCACUCCCCGCACCAGACUCAGAACAUUUACAGAAGAUGAAGAGACCAGGUUUGGUCCAGAUGACAUCACAGACAUCACCACCCCGAAGCGAAUCAGUGUGGGGGAGCCUGAGAAAGAGCCACAGCCCACAAGCACAGACAGACGAGAUCUCACAGAAACACUAGAGAUGAGGGAGAAUCUUCAGAGGCAGCUUCAGGAAAUCAUGUCUGCGACUAAGCUGACCAACGGUCGCCGAGGCUCCACAAGAUUGACACGAGCUGGCUCAGGGGGGCUGGACUCACCCAACACCCCCGACAGCCUGGGACGAAUGGGCCGACGCAGCCGCAAUCUGGAGGCUUUACGAAUGUCCCGUCAGGUGGCUGUGGACCUGAACACCGAACCUUCUCAGAGCGAACAGAUCGUUUGGGACGACCCGACAGCACGAGAGGAGCGAGCCCGAUUAGCUGAUAACCUGCAGUGGCCCGGCAGCCCCUCUCAGCACUCUGAGCCCCUCGCUCUCAUCCCACCACCCCCUGUCCAGACCAGUGACGCCCGAGACUCCAUGACUGACUCUGAACUGGUAGAAAUGGCUGCAUUUGAAGUCAUAGAUGCGCAACUGCGACCUAAGGUGACCCCACCCCGAGGCAACAUGACCCAAAACCCUAAAACACCCGAAGCCCCUAGUAUUGCUUUCCCCAUUUCUAAACCUGCACUCCCUCCUCAGAUUGAGCUGGAAGAGGAUAGUGAAGAGGCGGUCAAAGAAGUGCCACCACGUUUUCUUCUUUCUUCACUGAAUCCACAGGAACGUAUCGACUACAGCCAUCUUAUUGAAGAGCUCGGUGGUGUUGUGCUGGAAAAGCAGAGUUUCGACCCCAGCUGCACUCAUGUGAUCGUGGGUUAUCCUCUGAGGAAUGAGAAGUAUCUGGCGGCCAUGGCAGCUGGUAAAUGGAUCCUCCACCGCUCGUACCUGGAGGCCUGCCGCUCAGAGGGUCACUUCAUACAGGAGGAGCAGUAUGAGUGGGGAAGCAGCUCUAUACUGGAUGCACUCUCAUCCAUCAACUCUCAACAGAAGAGACUGGCACUGGCAGCUAUGCGAUGGAGAAAAACACUGCAAGGCUGCACCAACAAGGAGGGAGCAUUUGGGGGCUGGACUGUGAUGCUGAAUAUAGACCAGGCCAGAGAGGCUGGAUUCAGACGUCUGCUGCAGUCGGGAGGGGCUAAGGUUUUACCCGACCCUUCCCCUUCUCUGUAUAAAGAAACCACUCACCUGUUUGUAGAUUUUAGUCGGUUAAAGCCGGGUGAUGUCAGAGUGGAUGUGAGCGAGGCUGCGGUUUAUGGGGUCAAAUGUCUUAAACCGGAGUACAUCGCUGAUUAUCUCAUGCAGGAGCCGUCACCACCAAUAGAAGCUUAUUACCUUUCCGCUGUAGCCUCAGAAGAUUCAGAGAAGGUUCACAACACAUCUUCACGCAAACGUAAAGGAUCUGAAGAAAUAUCUACGUUAAAGAAGAGUCGUGUUCGAUGAAACAUGUUCAUUCCAAGCUCUUAAUAUAACAGUUUAUUUAAGUGCAUUGUAUUCAAUUUUGUAGAUAAAUUGUCAAUAAAAAUUCAAUUCGUUAUCUACCACCCACAUGGACUAAAUUUAGAAAAGAAAACAAUAGUUGCAGUUGCAUCAGAAAUGAGAUUUACGCCAAUGUAGAUUUGCAGAUUUUGCAUGUCUUUUAUGAGACAAACGUACAUCUCGGGAUGCUGUGCUGUGCUGUACUAUCAGGUUCAGUCCUGCAGAGGGAGCGUUCUUUACAACUGAUAGCAAUGUGAGUCAUAACAAAACUAAAGAAGCUGAUUAAUAAAUAACAUGUUUCAGAUACACUCUCAAACAUAAGAUAAUGUCUAGUUUUCUCAGACCUAGACAGAAAUAUUUAUAAAAAAUGAUGUGACAGUAAGUUACAAAUGGGCAAUAAAGAAAU